CUCUCUCUCUCUGAAAAUUCAAAGUUUUUGUUUUGGUCUUCAAUUAGUAUCUGGAUUUCAGAUUCCUUACCAUUUUCAGCUUAAUCUAAUAUGUUAGUUUCAUAAUUUCGGUCUGAAUCAGGCACUAAAUUGCAUCUACAAAUUUCGUGUCCUCUAUUGCACUGCUCUUUCUCUCUCUACUGCUUCAGAAUUGAGAUGGAAGGCUUACACACAACGACGAAAUCAGAGAGGCGAUGGAGAUCGAAGCCUCUUCAGACGUCCAAGCCAUCUAUCCUAAUGGCCUUCUUCUCUUGCGUCGCUUGGCUCUACGUCGCUGGCCGGUUGUGGCAAGAUGCAGAGAACAGAACAGUACUCGCAAAUCUUCUUAAGAAGAACUUAGGCCAGAGACCAAAGGUUCUUUCAGUUGAAGACAAGUUAGCGGUCCUUGGAUGCAAAGACCUGGAGAGGAGGAUUGUGGAAGCUGAGAUGGACCUGACGUUGGCCAAGAGUCAAGGGUACCUCAAGAAUCACUUGCAACAAAAGGUGUCUUCUUCUGGCCAAUUGCUCGCUGUUAUUGGAGUUUAUACUGGAUUUGGUAGUCAUUUGAACCGAAAUAUGUUUAGAGGGUCUUGGAUGCCUAAAGGUGAUGCUUUGAGAAAACUAGAAGAAAGAGGAGUAGUCAUACGCUUUGUAAUUGGUCGGAGUCCCAAUCAGGGUGAUAGCUUAGAUCGCAAUAUUGAUAAGGAAAGUCGGUCGACAAAGGAUUUCUUGAUUCUUGAAGGUCAUGAGGAGGCUCAAGAAGAGUUGACCAAAAAAGUAAAGUUCUUCUUCAGUACUGCAGUUCAAAAUUGGGAUGCUGAGUUUUAUGUCAAAGUCGAUGACAAUAUCAAUCUUGAUCUUGAGGGGCUAAUUGGACUUCUUGAACAUCGUCGUGCUCAAGAUGGUGCUUAUAUUGGUUGCAUGAAGUCAGGAGAUGUGAUUUCUGAAGAGGGAAAGGCUUGGUAUGAGCCUGACUGGUGGAAAUUUGGGGAUCAGAAAUCGUAUUUCCGUCAUGCAGGUAGUUCACUCAUAAUACUAUCCAAGAACUUAGCUCAGUAUAUAAACAUAAACAGUGCAUCUUUGAAGACUUAUGCUCAUGAUGAUGUAUCAGUGGGUUCAUGGAUGAUGGGUAUCCAAGCCACGUAUAUAGAUGACAACCGCCUUUGUUGUGGUAGCAUUAGACAAGACAAGGUGUGUUCUUUGACUUGAUCAAGGGGAUAUAAUCUUUUGUUCGAAGAGAAAUUAUUCUGGUCAUGCAAGUUUUGCCGAAGCAUCAAAACAAUGUUCAGAGCAUGAUGGCCAUAUCCAUGCUCCACUAAGGUGCUGUGAAGGUUGCAAAGGAUUUGCAACAUCAUUCUUUUAUAUGUGAAGAUCGGCUAGAAGUUUUCUUUUCAUUUUUAGUCAAGUGUUAACGGAUUGACUAGACCGCCCACUGCAUUGGGUGAUAGCUUGGAUACUUUUGGAUGAAUUGGAUAUGUUAUUUGUUUUACAUAGUCAACAAUAUUAAAGCUUCUCCCUUCAACCCUCUAUUUCCGUGCAGCCGUUGCUCUGGUGUUAAAAGAGAGGGCAUUACUGUUGGGCUGAUUGGUCUUGUAGCUCCUCUAUUUACUGUAUCCAGAUUCCCAAAAUUGUAUUUACAGACA